AUGACCGUGUCAUCUGCUCUCAAUAUUAACAGGGUGGUUGGCCAGCACGCCAACUUAGAAAUUACAACCCACGGCUCAAAUUGGUAUUAUGCAGUAUGUGCCUUGAUGGGAGCCUGCACUCUGCUCUUUAUGGGCCUAUCGUUCAUGAAGCCGCAAAGUGACCGAUUAUUUCACUACAUCAUGGUAGGCGCCACUGGGGUCGCAUGCAUUGCCUACUUCGCAAUGGGGUCAAAUCUCGGCCAAGUUCCUAUUCAGGCCGAAUUCGUGCGGCCUCGUAGUCGCUGGGGGGUAGGAGCGGCAGGGACACGAGAAAUAUUCUAUGCCCGCUACAUUGACUGGGUUAUAACUACGCCUUUGCUCCUCCUCGGCGUUCUCCUCACCGCCGGAGUACCAACUCCAACAAUUUUAGCCACUCUUCUCGCCGAUGAGAUUAUGAUCGUUACCGGCCUGAUCGGUGCUUUAACUCGGACUCGUUUCAAGUGGGGAUUUUGGGCCUUCGGUACGGCAGCGUUAUUAUUCAUCGUAUAUGAGUUGCUGUUUGAUGCUCGACGACACGCCUCAACCCUAGGCGGAGCCCCGAAGAAGACCUUCAUGUUUUGCGGUAGCUUUCUCAUCUUCCUUUGGUUGCUCUAUCCCAUUGCCUGGGGUCUGAGCGAGGGUGGCAACGUCAUUCACCCCGAUGGAGAGGCCGUAUUCUAUGGAGUUCUCGAUAUCCUAGCCAAGCCUGUCUUCGGACUCAUGCUCAUCCUAGGACACCGUAAGAUCAGCAGUUCGCAAUUAGGUCUACGCAUCCGGAACCGCAGCCAAACCACUAGCGAGAAGUAUAAUCCUAGUGCUGAUAUCCACCCUGAAGGUCCUGGAGAAAAUGUCGGUGGUCCCGCUGCUAAUACUACUGGUGGCAACACACCUGCUACGCCCACGCACGUAUGAGCUAUAUCUACGAUACCGCCAAUAGCGUCGGGAUGUGUCAUAACUGGUACCCGUCUCGUCUAAAGAUAUAUGGAUAUCGUACCGUGUCUCGAAACCAUUACCUGUUAGCUCCAGUUGGAUGCUGCGGUCAAGGUUGGGAUCAGGAAUCACAACAGAAAUGCUAACAAUAUGUCAGCAUAUAAUUAUACAGCCGGUGGAGUAAUAAGAGCUGGCAUUUAAUUUAUACAAUAUACGAAGAGUAAUAUUAUCACCAUGGUUCGUAUCGUUAAAAGCUAGUAAUAAUUCAGAAUAGUUAUGUCCUCAAGUGCGAGAAGGGCACAAAUACAUUCACCAUCAAUUUAGUUGCUUGAGCUCUUCGAUCUAUGCUCAAGACAGUAGUAUAUCACGACCUUUUGAGAGCUUUUAUUUGUUGAUAUAAGUGGGGUAUAUCUAUGCUUGUGCC